UGUUUGUAGCUACAGAUCGUGUAUCUAGAAGCCAUUUCAUACUAGUUUUCUAGAUGAUAAGCAAAGCUUUCCAAAUGCUUCUACCACUACAGUAGUGCUCUCCUGUCUAAAUUCAGUAGAUUCCAUUAUGACAUUAUUUGCCAAAAAUUGGUUUAUCCAACAUUUUGUCAACUAGAAAUGUGUUCAUUUGCUUCUCAGUUUCCCACGACAGGGUUAUUGGUGAGGUCUCCCCCUUAGGAGCAUCUUUCUUGUGCAUUCAGAUUUGCAUGGUCCCUGCCUCGCAUGGUACCUGGGUACCUUUGAAAGUAUUUGGGAAAUGAGAAUAUAUGUUUAUAUUUGUUUGACAGAAUAUAGUCAUUCUGAUUUUGCUCAUUGCCCCCAGAUUCCUGUGGUGCUUCAAAGCAGUAGAGCUCUUCCUGCUGCUGAAGUAGAAACUGGAUGUGUGAGACACUGGAAGAAUAGCUCAGAGGAUGCCCCGUGCCCUGCUGUGCUUUUGUCCUUAUCUCUAGCCACACCCUGCUUCGGUGGCCCCAGAAGAACUUUCAGUUUGAAAAUCACUACUUUGAGUAUGCAACUGUUGCAUCCACUGUCCACAUGGAAGCUUAGAUUUAGGUUGAGAACAGAAGUACUGAAGAGGCCAUGGUCAUCUCAGUGGACAGUAGCCCUAAAGGACAGCCAGGGAGCCAGAGAUCUCUACUGAACCUUCAGGAUCUCAGAAACAGGAGCUAGAUCAUCCGAGGGAAUGCCUGGGCUGGGCAAAUUCUGGGCAAGGGCAUCAAGAGGAAUGGGCAUGCUUAUGAGAUCAAAUUUAUUCCAUCCGUUGAUUGUGCUGUGCAUAGGUUGGAUAAAUCAAAGGUCAAAUCAUGUCCUGUGCAACCUGGUAGUUGCAGCACAAAUGUGAGUCCCAUCUUCUAACACCAGCUUCAUAAAGGGAAUCUACUACACUUACCAGAAUACUGAGCCUUUAAGCCGCUCUCUCCAAUUUCUAUGCUCAAGCUAAAUGUGUUCCUUUUACCAUUGUACUCUUCCUAUGAGGAAAUCAGAAGCAGUGUGGUCAUUCUUUUAUUCUCAUGUUUAAAAACACGUCCCAGAUUUAAUGGCUACUAGUGAGGACUUUAUCUCAUCAUAGUUUCACCAAUAUAUUUAUGCCUCAUAUAAAUGCGCAGGCAUUUUCAGUCACACUUGACCAUAGCUGUGGGAAGAGAAGAUAACUGUGCAUCCUUAGCCUCUGUCUUGAGAACCAUAUGCAUUCACAAAGUACUCACAAUCAUGGCUGUCUCUCACAUCAUCUUAUUUAGCCAAUUCUGGGUUGAAUACUUUGAUAUGUUCAAUGUGGCUGCCUGCAAAGGCUGAACAAGAACCAUCUUUCCAAAGCCCUCUCAGAUUCUGAUAGUUGUUUGUUUUUUUUUAAAUAACAGCUUCUUUUCAUAACUAUAUUUCAAAAUAACCAACUCCCACUUAUUUUUAAGUAUAAGUUAAAGAAUUUAACUCUAUAUGGUCUCUCAUAUUUAGCUAUUAAAAUGAGCUUUAAAUGUAACAUUUGAGGCAAUUUACAGAAUUAAUUCUGGCACUUUGUAACUAUGCUAUAACAUUAGUUACUGGUUUUGAUAAUAAAGACGACUUUCAAAUCAAGGCUUUUGUUAAGAUUGGAUAUCUUUAAUAUGUAUAAAACCAGACAUUUAAAAAUAUGCAUGCUGGUUUAUUUACUAUAUAUGAGGUAAUUUCAAAAUCAGAUAGGAGAAUAAAAAUAAAUCUACAAGCAGGGUGCCCAUGUCUCAACAAUACCUGUAAUCCAAGCUACUCAGGAGGCUGAGAUAGGAGGAUCUCAGUUCAAAGCCAGCCUUGGCAGGAAAAUCUUUGAAACUCUUAUUUCCAAUUAAUUACCAAAAAAUCUGGAAGUGGAGAUGUGACUUAAAUGGCAAAGCACUAAUCUUGGGCCAAAAAGCUUAGGGGCAGUUCCUAGACUCUGAAUUCAAGCCUCAGGAUCUGCACACCAAAAAAAAAAAUCUACAAAUGAGCCGGAGCCUUUAUAGCUUAAUCAUAGACAGACCAUUUGUCUAGUGUGCUUGAGGCCCUGAGUUUGAUACCCAGUAGCAACAACGACAAUAAAUAGUGCAAUAGAAAGCAUUGUGAAAUGGAGAUAGUAAGUAGAAAGAGAAAAUCAAAUUUAAAUGAAAGUCUUUGGGAUGUAGCUCAGUGGUAGAGCAUGUUUAGCAUGUGUAAGGCCCUGGGUUUGAUCCCCAGUACCACUAACUCCCUUAUGUGCACACACACACACACACACACACACACAUACACAAUCACAACUGGUUUCAGCAUGAUCCUAUGAAUGUGUUAAUUCCUUCAGAAUUUUGGCUGAAAAGUGUCUUAAUGAAUCUGCACUAAAAAUUCAAAUUGAAUAAAGUGUUUGGAGGUAAUGUCAAAUCCUACUAAUGUCUGUUAUUUUAACCAUGCAUUUCUUGGUAAGGAAAGGAUGGACUACAUUGUUUUCUGUCCUCCCAGUGACAUUUACCUUUGAAUUUGCUAUUUGUAUUCAGACACUUUAUGUUAUAAAAUUUGAUGAAACUACUAAGCAUAGUGUUUCUAAAUUGCCCUUUGAAGAUCCUUUAAUAAAAUGUAUUGGGAUAGUCUUAUAACUAGAAAAUUAAUGUUACUUUGAAUUUUCAAUAAUUUAGAAUUAUAAAAGACACCUAUCUUCAAACAUUUUGCUUUACAACAUUAUGCCAAAACUUAGUAUUGUCCAACCUGUUUUCUACUGAACACUAGAAGCCUCCUGGUGUUCACAGGUAUUCCUUGGAAAAAGCAGUCCCUGAUCGCCUAGGCUCUAAGGGAUGGAAAUAAGCUGGCACAGAUGGAAGAAGCUCCACUUUUUCCAGGAGAAUCAAUUAAGGCCAUUGUGAAAGAUGUCAUGUAUAUCUGCCCAUUUAUGGGAGCAGUAAGUGGAACCCUGACAGUGACAGACUUUAAGAUGUACUUUAAGAAUGUAGAGAGGGACCCGCAUUUCAUCCUCGAUGUUCCUCUUGGAGUGAUCAGCAGAGUUGAGAAGAUUGGAGCACAGAGCCAUGGAGACAAUUCUUGCGGUAUAGAGAUCGUGUGCAAGGACAUGAGGAAUUUGCGGCUUGCAUAUAAACAGGAAGAGCAGCGUAAACUUGGGAUAUUUGAAAACCUCAACAAGCAUGCUUUCCCCCUCUCUAAUGGCCAAGCGCUGUUUGCAUUCAGUUAUAAAGAAAAGUUUGCAACUAAUGGCUGGAAAGUUUAUGAUCCAGUAUCUGAGUAUAAGAGACAGGGCUUGCCAAAUGAGAGCUGGAAAAUAUCCAAAAUAAACAGUAAUUAUGAGUUCUGCGAUACCUACCCUGCUGUCAUUGUUGUGCCAACUAGUGUAAAAGAUGAUGACCUUUCAAAAGUGGCAGCCUUUCGAGCAAAAGGCAGAGUUCCUGUGUUGUCAUGGAUUCAUCCAGAAAGUCAGGCAACAAUUACUCGUUGCAGCCAACCACUGGUGGGUCCCAAUGAUAAACGUUGCAAAGAGGAUGAAAAGUACCUGCAAACAAUAAUGGAUGCCAAUGCACAGUCCCACAAACUUAUCAUCUUUGAUGCCCGCCAAAACAGUGUUGCAGAUACCAACAAGGCAAAGGGUGGAGGCUAUGAAAGUGAGAGUGCUUACCCAAAUGCAGAGCUUGUGUUCUUGGAGAUCCACAAUAUUCACGUGAUGAGAGAAUCACUCCGUAAAUUAAAAGAGAUCGUGUACCCUUCCAUUGAUGAGGCACGGUGGUUCUCCAAUGUGGACGGAACGCACUGGCUAGAAUAUAUUAGGAUGCUUCUUGCGGGAGCAGUAAGAAUCGCUGAUAAGAUUGAGUCUGGGAAAACGUCUGUGGUGGUGCACUGCAGUGAUGGCUGGGACCGAACGGCCCAGCUCACCUCCCUGGCGAUGCUUAUGCUGGACAGUUACUACCGGACCGUUAAAGGAUUUGAAGCGCUCGUGGAGAAGGAGUGGAUAAGCUUUGGCCACCGAUUUGCACUGCGAGUGGGCCAUGGCAAUGACAACCAUGCGGAUGCUGACCGAUCCCCUAUAUUUCUUCAGUUUAUUGAUUGUGUUUGGCAAAUGACAAGACAGUUUCCUUCAGCGUUCGAGUUUAAUGAACUAUUCUUGAUUACCAUUUUGGAUCACCUUUACAGCUGUCUCUUUGGGACCUUUCUGUGCAAUUGUGAGCAACAGCGGCUCAAAGAAGAUAUAUAUACAAAGACUGUAUCGUUAUGGUCAUAUAUCAAUAGCCAGCUAGAUGAAUUUUUGAAUCCCUUCUUUGUGAAUUAUGAAAACCACGUUUUAUAUCCUGUUGCGAGUCUAAGUCAUUUGGAGUUAUGGGUAAACUAUUACGUACGAUGGAAUCCCCGGAUGAGACCACAGAUGCCAAUCCACCAGAAUCUGAAGGAGCUGCUGGCGGUGAAGGCCGAGCUGCAGAAGCGGGUGGAGGACCUGCAGCGGGAAGUGGCGGCGCGCGCCGUCUCGUCGUCGUCCGAGCGCGGCUCCUCGCCCUCGCAUUCGGCCACUCCUGUGCACACUUCCGUGUGACGGGCGGGACCGGCCGUGGGCCGUCCUGCUGCUUCUCUGUCUUCCCAGUGGCUCAGGGACCUGGCCGUCGUCGCUCUUGUGGCUGUCGCUUGUGAUCUUAGGCCCAGGGACCAUGCGUGUGGCUAGUGACAGCUUCCACGUGGGAAAGUGCAUUUUGUGUCGUGAGCAGCCUGUGUCCCCUCGUGUCCACAGCCCCAGCGGGAGCUGCCUGCCACAGCCACCGCGAGGGGAAUGCAACGCUUACCAUGUCACCCGUUUCUCUCCCACUCCAGUCCUCCCUUACACACGAACCACGCGCUUGCACACCGCGCCGGUGGCUGCCCUCAGCCCUUUGCCCCAAUCUGCAAAGGGUUUUUAAAUGGAAUAUUUGGAGGAAACAGACCAUCGCCACUGAGUCUCCAAUUCUCUUCGUGCCAGGGCUCUUCCAGUACCAAUUACUGUUGUGUACAUAUAAGGUAUUUUUUAAAAAAAGAGAAACAUACGUUUAUUUUCCUAUGUCUUUUUUUAUGUUUAGAAUAGUCCCCUGAGGCGGUAUGUGCUUCACUGUACUGUGGGAGCAAUUCCCUCCCAACACCCAUGCUAGCUUUUCUGUGGUACAUUGCAAACGAGGCUUGGGGUGUGCUCACUUGAGCGGCCUGGGUGGUUGCCCUCACGCUAAGGCUGGUACUUGCCUCCUGGGGUGGCCCUGGAUUCCCGAUGGAUGACCCGAACUAGGUGUGCUCAGUCCUCUGGCUUUUCUGUAGGUAAACUGAGGACUCGAGCUUCUACACAGGUGCUGGCCUCUCUUGGAGACACCUCGUUCAAAGGGCGAUGUGUCAGUUGUUGCAGGCACUGGGACCUGGCGCCCUCCCUCCCGUAAGGUAGCAGGCAUUGGAGCAAAGCGAGCGUGAUUGCACCUGUUCCGUGCCUGCCCACCCACUUCCCUUGAUUGACGUGUGACUGCUGGCCAUGCUCUGCUUUGAGAAGCUAGAGGCCUCCCUUUCCUUGGUUCUGAGCCAGCCCUGGCCGCUCAGGCCCCCUGCGGUUUUGCACCUUCAUCUGAUCACUUGGAGCUCUGCCAUUGCGUCAGUGCUUGCUGGAGUGACGCUCCUGGACACUGCAUCAAGCUCCACCAAGCCAGGCGGCCCUCUGGAGCUCGCGGGGGCUGCACUGCGUCCUCCCUGUGCGGGGUCAAAUCGCAGGAUGCCAUGCACAGGCUUACAUAUCGACCUUAUUUUUGAAGACAUAUUCUUAAGGAAGUUUUCUACAGCCAAAUGUGUAGAAAAUAGCUGUUUUUUUUUCAACUUGGAACUGUCUGAUUCUUAUAGAAGAUUAUACUUCUGUAAGAUACUAGACAUAUUUAUUCGAGCUUCUUUGAUAACCUAAAAUCAAUUCUCCAUUUUUAUCCUAUGGGGGAAUCUGUUUCUAAACCCUAAUUUAAUUCAUAUUAGCUUUUUGACUCAUGGUCCCAACAUAUGCAGAAGUAUUGUUUAUGAAUGCAGAAGUGCCAGGCAUGUUGAUGCAUACGCGUAAUGGCAGCCCUUGCACUCGCGAGGUAGAAAUUGGAGGCUACUGAGUUCCAGGCUAGCCUGAGCUAUGUCGCAGAAUCUGUCCCCCUCCCCCAAACAACAAGAAGAACAGUGAAUGUAUAAACUAGUAUCCAUUCGUACGCUGAUUUUUCAAAAAUGGUUUUCCUCCAGAAGUAUCCUUUAGUCUUCCAACUACACUAGGUCGUGCAGGUCAGCUGUUUCCUGGGGGCUUGCUCUGUGGUGGCCUUCCGGCCCGGCCACACGCUCCCUGCCCGCAGAGAGGGGCCCUACAAACUCCAUUUGAAGCACAACAGAGCACUUCCCUUUGUAUGUUCCAAGCACAGAACUGUUUCUAAAACAACUUGAAGUAUAGUUUUGUUAUCUAAGAAAUUCUUUUUUUGUUUUAUUUAAGUGUACUAGAAUGUAAAACCUUUAAAGUUCAGGUUUCUAAAAAAAAAAAAAAAAAACCUGGUACAAUACUGUAUUUGCCCCAUCUGAUGCACUGUAUUUCAAUCUCUAAUUAAAAAUAUGUUAGAGCUC